AUGGAGGAUUCAGAGGAGGCACCCCCAGAGGUUCACCAUUACGAGAGUCUUCAUGAGGUUCCAUGGGAUAUUCAGAAUUAUUGGUCGCAACGCUAUCGUAUUUUCUCCAAGUACGAUGAGGGCAUCUGGCUGACGGAUGAUGCUUGGUUUGGAGUGACACCGGAACCUGUUGCCAAUAAAAUCGCAGCUGAUCUUGCCAAGUCAGCCCCCAUUGAACGAUGUAUCCUGGUCGAUGCUUUUGCAGGUGCAGGUGGUAAUACCAUCGCGUUUGCCAAAUCUGGCCGAUGGAAAAGAAUCUAUGCAAUCGAAAAGAACCCGGCCGUCCUGCAAUGCGCCAAGCACAACGCAAAGAUCUACGGCGUCGACGAUAAGAUCACUUGGUUCGAAGGAGACUGCUUCGAAAUCCUGAAAAACCAACUCAAAGAUCUUGCGCCAUACAGUGUCAUCUUUGCCAGUCCUCCUUGGGGAGGCCCUGGAUAUCGAUCGGAUGAGGUAUUCAACUUGCGCACCAUGGAGCCAUAUUCUCUCGCAACCCUUUUCAAGGAAUAUUCAGCAUUUACACAGCACAUGGCUUUGUACUUGCCACGAACUUCGGACGUUCAGCAAAUGGCAAAAUACGUUCCAGACGGGCGUAAAGCUACCGUGAUGCACUACUGCGUGGAGGGUCACAGUAAGGCCCUGUGCAUUUUCUAUGGCGAUUUCACUCUCUGA